ACUUCUACAAUUCAUUGUUAUCGAGGUAUUUUAGAAAUACAGCUGAUUGAAAAGCGAAUAGAAUUGCAAAAGCGCACAGAGAUUGAACACAGUUGAAUGACGGACAGUGAAAAAGUUGUGAAACGCGGCCGACGCCAGGGCAGGAAGAAGGCACCACCGGAUCCUGGACAGGCGGCAGUGUUGGUGGUCGAUGGCCGGGUAACCGGAGGGAAGAAGGGCACUGGCAAACAGAAGACUCGACCGGGCAACGCGAAAGCCGACGGGGGCGACAAGCUGAAUUCCGAGGACGAAAAGAUGCUGCGCCAACUGGUCAACGACUUCCUGCAAAGCUGCGAGCCGAAGAAACAGCUCCCCGGACUUACCAAAGCCCAGCGCAGCCACGUUCACCGAUUGGCCCAGAAUCGCGGGCUUAAGACGGUGAGCAAGGGUUCAGAGGAGGACCGCGUCCUUUUUAUAAGUCGCCUGCAGUCGAAUGGCCAACAGCAGUACCUCCUUUGCAACACAAAGCUGCACAUUUGUAAACCGCUCCUAGACGUUCUGGGACAAAUGGCCGGCAAUGUGGAACGAAGAUUGAUAAACUCCGUUGAAGGCUUUAAGCGCAAGAAAGAGCAGUAUCAGGAUAAACGGCGUCCUUCCAACUUCGGCCUAGUCGGGCAGAGGCUUAUUCCGCCGCCGCAGAGCAACUGGAACAGGAACAUUCAGCACGAGCGCCGGAGCCUGCCCAUCUACAAGCAGCGAGAGAGCAUCCUCAACGUUCUGCAGCGUGAUCAGGUUUUGAUCAUUAAAGGAGCCACUGGCUCUGGCAAGUCCACCCAACUUCCUCAGUACAUCCUUGAGUGGGCCGCAGAGCAUCGAUCUCCAGUCAGGAUCGUGGUAAGUCAGCCUCGACGCUUAGCAGCUAUCAGUGUCUCGGAGCGCAUUUCCAAGGAGCGCGGAGAGGCGCCUGGCACCACAGUGGGCUAUCAGAUUCGCAUGAAUAAACAAUGCAGCAGCAACACGGUUCUAAUGCUGACCACCAGUGGUUGCCUUUUGAGGGCUCUCGCCAUGGAUAAGGAGUCUUUCUUCAAAAACACCACCCACUUAAUCAUUGAUGAAGCCCACGAGCGUGAUUUGGACACAGACUUCCUGCUGCUGGCCACCAAGCUGGAGCUGCAAAAGAAUCCGCACCUCCGCCUCGUGCUUAUGUCAGCCACCAUGGAUCUUGAAGCAUUGUCCAACUAUUUUGGUGGGGGCACUGUGAUGGAUGUAGAGGGGCGCAACUUCGGGGUGGCGAUCUAUCAUCUAGAAGACAUUCUUAGUAAUACUGGAUACAUGCACCCGAGAAUGGAGCAGUUUUUGGGCAAGCCGACAGGCGAAGAAACUCCUAGCGAACUGCUAGCCGCCUAUUAUGGAGGUCGCACAAUCAUAGAUCCGGAUAUCGACAAUGACUUGAUAGUUUCGCUAUUGGAAUUAUUACUGCGCCAAGGUGACGCUGGAGCGGUGAUUGUGUACCUGCCAGGCUAUAGCGAUAUGACCUCGCUACUGGCCCGCUUGGAAUCGUCUAUACCGCAGGACCAGAUUACUAUUAUACUGCUUCAUAGCCAGGUGGACAACAACGAGCAUCGCAAGGUCUUCCGCGUUUACCCUGGCGUGCGUUUAAAGAUUAUUCUUAGUACCAACAUAGGACAAACUUCGAUCACCAUUCCGGAUCUACUUUAUGUCAUCGACACGGGCCGCGCCAAGAUGAAGACCUAUGACAUGACCAUAGAUGCAUCGCAGUUAACCAUUACGUGGAUCUCGCAGGCGGACGCCAAACAGCGUGCGGGAAGAGCUGGACGCGUGUGCCAUGGCAAUUGCUAUCGGCUGUAUGACAACGACCGCCUGGCCAAAAUGGAUCUGUACACCGUCCCAGAGAUCAUGAGGCGUACCUUGGACGAGAUAUGUCUGCUGACCAAGUUGGCAGCUCCAGACAAGAAAAUAGAAAAUUUUCUAGAUCUGGCUUUGGAUACCCCACCAAAGGAUGCCGUAAUACAGUCCUGUUCUAGACUGAAGCUAUUGGGCGUGCUCGACGAACGGGACGAGGUCACGCAACUGGGACAUAUCAUUGCCGAACUGCCUUUAGGCGUUCAAAUCGGCAAAUGCCUGGUUUACUCCAUUUACUUGCGCUGCCUGGACAGCAUGACCAUAAUUGCGGCCUACCACUCGGUGAGGGAUCCCUUUGUUCUAAACAUAGAGCGUGGCAAGAAAUCAGGCCAGCAGAACCGCAGAAUUCUUUUCGCUGGCGACGGAAUGAGUGAUUCGCUGGCGGCCAUUAAACUUUACAAGGAGUUCACCAACUUGAAGCGCAUGGACAUCGGCGAUUUUUGCGAGCACAAUUUUGUUUGCCGUAACGCAAUGGAGAUGUUCGUCUCGGCGGUGAGCACUCUACGCGACACCGUGUACCGUAUCUUCCGCUUUAGCGAGGCCAGUGCUCGUUUGGCCUCGUCUUUCAACGAUGAUACGAAUAUGAUCCGCCUGGCCCUAACUGCAGGACUGUAUCCCAAGUUGGCGUACAUGGACCGCGAGAAAAAAAACCAGCUGGUGGCUGAAGGAGAUCCAUUUGUUCAGGUUUCGAGAUCCUCUUGCCUUUUGGGCAAAAAGAAGCAAAAGAAUUUGGCCAGCGAGUGGAUCCUGUUUCUUGAGAAGACCCGCACUGCAGACCAAAUUUCCUCGCUAGAGUAUACCACCUUGGUAAGCGGCUUGAUGGUGGCUCUGGCAGGCGGAAAGCAGUUCGUAACCGAGGCGCAUGGGUUCGAAGUGCUGCUGUGCCUGGACUCCUGGAUCCGUCUGAAAUGCCCAGCUGAAUUUGGACUCCAGCUCCAUAAAGUGCGAAUGCUAAUGGAGCGUGAAUUCGCCGAGUUGGUGGCGACGCGGAAGCUUAGUCUAGUGAGCGAUUUCAUAGGGCCGGAAACAGUUCGGCGAUUGUUGAAGGCGGAUAUGCCCUCGACCAGCCUGGCAGAGGGCAAAAGCCUUCUGGACUGAGGGAACUGUGAUAACGACGUUUGAAUUCUACGCAUAAAAAAUAAUUUCAUAGCAUAUACUAAGGAACUGCUCACAGUAUUUGCGACCCGUAUAGACCUAUAUGCAGUGUGCGAUUCAUAAGCCUCGUACCCGAUUUAGGGAGCUAAUUUCACACAAAGAGGCAAACGAAUUUCCAAUUUUCAAAAUACCAUUAUUGUUAACCACUAUGAAUUACUCCAAAGCACUUCUUACAUAUUUAGGUAUAUCUAAGGUAGCACACACGAUAUCUUAACUAUAUUCCUUACAUGUUGUGAUACAAGAAGGCGCAAAAGCGGCUUUCUUUAGCUGUUAAAUCCAAGAAUACUUAGAAUACUUAUUCGAAUAUUUAACCAGAUCUCUGAAUUGUGUCGGGUAAGAACGGACCAUAGGUUUGAUUUAUAUACGCUCAUUUUUGUAAAGUAUACUCGCUAUAUACUCAGCUAACUGAAAAUUUAAUUUUUGUAUUUCAUAUCGAAGAGGUCAAAUAAAUCAUAAACUUUUGGCGUCUUGUAUCUGCAAGAAAUCAAUAGAAACUGAGAAGACAAAUAA